CCUUUGGCCCCCCCCCCCGAGGAAGAUCCGGGUCGUGGGGCGGCUCUCGCUGCAGCCCGCGCUUUUACGAAGAGGCCGCAGGGAAGCUGCUUGUGGCUGCCGCGCGCCUUGGCGGGCUCGUGUCCCGCGGCCGUGAGGAGCGAGGAGGAUGGAUGAAGCUGCUGGGGACCUGAAGCAAGCGCUCCCGAUCGUGUGCGAUAACAUUCAAAUACAUGUGGAAGUUCAUCAGAAAUCAAACAGCACGGCAAAGAAAGAAGAUGUCAGGAUGAACGUCUUAAAGCUGUUGAACAGACAUAACAUUGUAUUUGGUGAUUACAAGUGGACGGAGUUUGAUGAUGGUUUCCUCAACAGCAAUGUGCAGUCUGUGUCAGUUGUGGAUACAGAGCUAAAACUGAAAGAAAGACAGCCCAUUGACUUGAGCAAAAGUAGUCUUUGUCUUCAUAUUUUCCAUCUGAGUGAAGAAGGACCAAGCUCUGAAAAUUUAGAAGAGGAGAAUGAGGAUAUUGUUGCAGCUAACCACUGGGUGCUACCUGCAGCUGAAUUCCAUGGCCUUUGGGAAAGUCUUAUAUAUGACAUUGAAGUAAAAUCACACCUACUUGAUUAUGUGACGACAACAUUAGUAUUUUCUGACAGAAAUGUUGACAGCAACCUGAUAUCGUGGAACAGAGUUGUUUUGCUGCAUGGCCCUCCAGGAACUGGUAAAACUUCUCUCUGUAAAGCAUUGGCCCAGAAGCUGACAAUUCGGCUGUCACACAGGUAUAGGUAUGGACAGUUAAUUGAGAUAAACAGCCAUAGUCUUUUCUCUAAAUGGUUUUCUGAGAGUGGCAAGCUUGUAACCAAGAUGUUCCAGAAGAUUCAAGAGUUAAUUGACGACAAAGAUGCUCUUGUAUUUGUACUGAUUGAUGAGGUGGAAAGCCUCACGGCAGCCCGCAGUGCCUUCCAGGCAGGUACAGAGCCUUCAGAUGCUAUUCGUGUGGUGAAUGCUGUACUGACACAAAUCGAUCAGAUUAAAAGGUAUCCCAAUGUAGUUAUCCUGACUACUUCAAAUAUUACGGAGAAAAUUGACAUGGCCUUUGUAGACAGGGCUGACAUAAAGCAAUAUAUUGGACCUCCAUCUGCUGCAGCAAUAUUCAAAAUAUAUCUUUCUUGCUUGGAAGAACUGAUGAAGUGUCAAAUAAUAUAUCCUCGACAGCAGCUCUUGACGCUCAGAGAGUUGGAGAUGAUUGGCUUUGUAGAAAAUAAUGUGUCAAGGUUAAGCCUUGUGUUAAAAGAAAUCUCGAGAAGAAGUGAAGGUCUUAGUGGCCGGGUCCUAAGGAAACUUCCUUUCCUAGCGCAUGCACUUUAUAUUCAAUCCCCCAGUGUUACAAUGACCACAUUUCUUCAGGCUCUUUCACUUGUAGUGGACAAGCAAUUUGAAGAAAGAAAGAAACUUGCAAACUGCAUAUGACACUGCUGUUUUAUAAUUGUCUGUGUUUUUGCCACUGAAACAUACAUAUUUUUGAAUAAAAAAUGUGCACCUUUUAUACAUUUGUAAAAUAGAUUGUCAACACCUGAAGAAACCUGGAAGGCCUGAUCUAUUUUUUGGUAAACAGUGAUUAAUAAACAAAAUUAAGAAAGUUUGUAGCACA